UGCACACCGUAGUACCUCGGCAGUGUGACGGGUCGUGAGCUCACAUGAUGAUGUAUAUGAAUGAAGAUAUCAUCACAGCGCUAACGGCUAACUGCUAACCUGCAGAAGUAUGGAAAAUGUAGGAAAUGUGGAAAAUGGAGAUGCAGUCGGGACAGACCAGAACAGCAGCUCCCGCUGUACCUUCUUCAGUGUGGAUCCGAGUGACUACAGAUGUGAUGUGAUUCUAGUGGUGAAGAAAGCCACCGGGGCGUUUUCUCUGGUCGCAUGCCUUUUUAUGUUAUUUGUGAUAUGGCUGCUGCGCCGAUACAACUCCCUGGCUCAGAAAAUGAUAGUCAGUCUAACAGUAGCAGCAUUCUUUGACAGUGUUGCAUAUGUCAUGGGAGAGUCUCAUCCAGAGGGAGGUCUGUGUGAUUUCCAAGCCUGGUGGUUAACAUAUUUUGACUGGAGUGCUCUGGCCUGGGUAUGUCUCAUCACUCUAAAUCUUUACUUGAACCUGGUCAGGGAGCUCAGAACUGAACAUUAUGAGAUACCAUACCAUAUUGUUGCAUGGGGGAUCCCACUAUUUAUGUCUGUUCUCCCAUUGAUAAAAGGAUACUAUGGUCCAGCUGGAGCCUGGUGCUGGAUCACUGAUGACCAUGUGGCCUGGAGAUUUGGCAUAUGGUAUCCGCUCUUCACCCUCAUCUUCCUCAUGAUCUGCUGUUAUCUACGAAUCAUAUUUGUGGCCAAUAAGAGGAUGCAGUCCUGGUUCGGUACCUUCAACCCAGAGAGAGAAAGGAGGAAGAUGUCUCUAGUUGAGGAAAUCCGACCUCUGAAAUGGUAUCCCUCAGUAUAUCUGCUGGUGUCAAUCUUCCCACUGUUAAAUCGGCUUCAUAACGCUCUGUAUCCUGAGGCUCCCGUGUUCUCCCUCACGCUUCUACACGUUCUCAGUGCUCCUCUGCACGGUUUGGCAAAUGCAUUUGUCUUUAGCAAGGACACCUGGAGUCAGCUCAGCAAUACCGGAAUCAAAUUGGCACUUCAGUCUCGACUGUGUGACAGCACCAGGAUCGGCGAGUAUCACCCGGCCAACGUGAGAUACACCGUAGCUCUCGAGUCCGAGUCGGAUGAUGAUGAUAACAACGUCCUCUUCUACAGCCCUGACAUGAGCCUGAAGGACAGAGGACCCUGAUUUUUUUCUGUUUUUCUCUGUGUGUGUGUGUGUGUGUAUACAAUAAGCACAUUACAGUUGAUACUCCUUGCCUUUUAAAAAUGUGCUGCUCUUUGAUUUUACCCAUCACCAUGAUGUGUUCAAAAUAAAUAAUACAGAAACGAUAAGUGUUUUUACAAUCAGAAAAUCCCAUUUUGACUUAAUAAAAUUGAAAUAGUUCAUUUUUUCAUUAUCAUACUGUCCAUGUUGUAAAUACAGUGCAAGGUGAGCACUUUACAUUAACAUCCUCAGUAUUGAUGGAAAGCUUUAAUUGUUUCAGUUGCCUUGCUUUGAGAUUUCUCUACUGUGUAUUAUUAUUUUUAACUAUUAUUUUCAGCUGUACAGUUUGUGUCCAUGGUCAUGUGUUUAGCUGAUCAUGUUUUAUUAUUAUUUAUGGAAAUGUACAGAGUGUCUGCUAUAUUUUUGUACUGUUUUCAUAUGAUUAAAAAACGUUAAUACACACCGA